AUGAAACAGGGAGCCUGCGAAUUGGCCACACACAGCAGCAGCAGCUCUGCUGUGAGACAACAGGCUACAAGAGAGCCCACAGUGACAAAGCACUGUGCCAAAGGGAAUGAGGGAGCAGUCAGUGGCAUAGGAAACAACGAGGAAAACGAGGAGGAAAAAGUCGUGUCAGUGCAGCAGAAUCUAGUUGAGAUGGGGCUGGCCAUGGACUCCAAUAAAGCGGUGCCCCUACUGAAGCGAAAGGUAAAGGCCAUGGAUGUGGACAGUGAGGAGAAAUCUGCACUUCUGGUUCAGAAGCCCUAUGUUCUCAAUGACCUGGAGGCUGAAGCCAGCCUCCCUGAGCAAAGAGGGGACACACUGUCUCAUGACCUCAUUGACUAUGUCCGAUAUGUGGUGGGGAACCAUGGUGACUAUAAGGUGAUGGCCCGGGGUGAGAAUAAUUACUACCAGGACAUCCCCAAACAGAUUCGGAAUAAGAUCAAUGUCUACAAGCAUUUCUACCUCACUGAGUGGCAGGCUUUCCUUGAGUCUUUGCAGAACACAAAGAUGGAGGUGGAAUGACUUAGGGUAUGGGGCCUGUGCCCACUCCCAUCCUUCACUCUAUGAGG